AUGAGACCCAUUCUCCUCGCUGGGCACGAGCGUGCGCUCACCCAGAUCCGAUACAACCUCGACGGCGAUGUCAUCUUCUCCGUCGCAAAGGAUCAGCACAUCUGCGCCUGGUGGUCUCACAACGGCGAGCGCAUCGGAACCUACCACGGCCACGUCGGUGCCAUCUGGACCGUCGAUGUCGACCCCACGACGACCAUGAUCGCCUCGGGCGCCGCCGACAACACGAUCCGCCUGUGGGACGUCAAGACGGGCCGCUGCCUCAAGGUCUGGGAGUUCCCCACGGCCGUCAAGCGUGUCGAGUUCAACGAAGACGGCACCAAGCUGCUGGGUGUCACCGAGAAGCGCAUGGGCUACCUGAGCAACAUUGUCGUCAUGGACAUCAACCCCAACGUCGAGGCCGAGCAGAGCGACGAGAAGGUCCUCACCAUCGUCUGCGACGAGAGCAAGGCCACCGUCGCAGGCUGGAGCGCUCUCAACAAGUACAUCAUUGCCGGUCACGAGGACGGUAGCAUCUCCCAGUAUGACGGCAAGACUGGCGACUUGCUGGACAACGUGCCCAUCCACGAGCUCAACCAGCCCAUUGUCGAUCUCCAGUGGUCGACGGACCGGACCUACUUCAUCACUGCCUGCAAGGACAAGACCGCCAAGCUCAUCGAUGCUCGCGACCUCACGGUCAUGAAGACCUACCCCGCCGACACGCCCCUCAACAGCGCCACCAUCACGCCCAAGAAGGAUUUCGUCAUCCUCGGUGGUGGCCAGGCCGCCAUGGACGUCACCACGACCGCCGCCCGCCAGGGCAAGUUCGAGGCCCGGUUCUACCACAAGAUUUUCGAGGACGAGAUCGGCCGUGUCCGUGGCCACUUCGGCCCGCUCAACACCGUCGCCGCCGACCCCACCGGCAAGAGCUACGCAAGCGGCGGAGAAGACGGCUACGUCCGCGUUCACCACUUCGACAAGGGGUACUUUGACUUCAUGUACGAGGUCGAGAGGGAACGCGCGAACCGGAUGCAGUAG